ACGGAGGGGUUAUCUCAAGGCGAAACAUCCCCUCCGCCUUUUUUCUUGGCCUUCCCCUCGUCCCACCCAAAACCCCAGCAGCGACAUGGCGGCGAGCGCAUCAGCGCCGUCCAUCCAUCCACCGAGGCCGGCCGGACGGUCUACGAAACGCUUGUUGUUCGACAAGCGUUACGGCUGGAUUUUCGAUGAGUGGAAGGGCCCCUCGGAACAAGCCUUAGCCGGUGGAAGAGGAAUGUUUUGCAUUUUGCCCAUCGCGAAGUCUCUGCUGAAGAUCGCUUCACAAUCGAUUAAUGUUGCAGCAGGCUCUGUGGUCAGAGCUCUUGAAAACCCUAAAGAGUUCUCUCCUCAGGCAUUGCACACCAAUUUGUGCACUCAGUUUCAGAAACUAGGGCAUUCUAUACAGAGGCCCAAUCUCAAGUUCAUAACCUUCUGCAGGGACUCUCCCAUGGAUAGUACACAGACUAUGUGACCUCAGAUUACCAUUGUAAAGUCUUAGUGGCUUCAUUGUUGUAACAAGAACCUCUGAUAAGCUAAUGUAUACUGCCAAUUUAUUUCAGGGGAAAUUUGAUAUACAGUUUUUUCUUAUUAAGAUUGGUUAACUACAUUAAAUGUUUAAUUGGGGAAAUUUAGACCACUUUUCAGUGUA